GGCCACCACAGCCCUUCUUCUGACCCUGAAGCCAAUACCUCUGCCUUAGAGUCGGCUCUGUCCUGGGAAGCUGGAAGGGAAGAGGAAGCCCAUGAAGAAGCAGGAGCUCUCCCUGAAGAAGGAAAAGGCCUCUCUGGAGGAAAAGCAGCAGGAACUCAAGGAGGGAGAUGGUGCAGGAGGUCAAGAGGCAGAGGCUAGCUCUGAAGAAGGACAAGGAGGACCCCUGGAGGAAAAGCAGCAGGAGCUUAUUGAGGGAGAUAGUUCAGAAAGGGAAGGGGUUGGAGCUAGCCCCUUGAGUGAGGAGGUCGUGACUGAGGGAAGCCCAGAUUUUUCUAGUGCAGGAGAGACUGGAGGCCCAGCUGAAGCGGGAGGGGAGGCCACUGAAGAGAUAGCAGAGGUCCUAGAAGAUGCCCCAGGAGAAGAGGAAAUAGCAGCAGCAGAACCUGAGUCCUCUCCCAGCUCAGAGCAUGAUGGUGGCCAGGUUCCUCUGAGAGAAAAUGGAGACCAAGAGUCUAGAGCGGCCCCAGGAAACAAGGAGACAGAAGUGCCACAGGAAAAUGAGUUACCCAAGGCUGAUGCUGAUGCAGAAGGACCUAAGGAAAGAGAACAAGAGCUGGAGGCUGGGACAGGAGAAGUGACUGAGGCCCAGGGAGAGCCCCAGGGAGCCUUGGAGGAAGAUAAGAACAUAGAGAGCUCAGCUGCAGCCAGGGGCAAGGCAGAAGAUACUGACAGCUCUGGGGUGGGGCAGGAGGCUGAAGGUCAGACUUCACUAGUAACCAGCCAGGAGCUGGAGGAGUCAUCCUCUGAAGAACAAGGAGAUGAGGAAGGGCAACAGUCUGAGGAGGAGUCUGAAGAAGAUGCUGGGGAAGUCAGCUCAGAAGAAGAAGAAGAAGGGGAGGAUUCUGGGGAGGCUGCGGCUGCCCAGGAAGAGCCAGGAGCCAUAAGCCAUGAGGAUGAGGAAGCCAAAUUGAGUCCUGAGGAGGCAGCCUCAGCUUCUGAAGACUCAGAAGUUCCAGGUUUCCCAGGCAGGUGGCAGGAAGAGGCAGAGGAUGUAAGUGAAGCACCUAUAAGGGACCGUUCUCAUAUAGAGGAAACCCUGAUGCUGAAGGAGGACAAGCCAUCUGAUGACUUUUCAGGGGUGAUGCAGCGGUUGAGAAAGAUCUACCACUCUUCCAUCAAACCUCUAGAGCAAUCCUACAAAUACAAUGAACUGAGGCAGCAUGAGAUUACAGAUGGGGAGAUCACUUCUAAACCAAUGGUACUUUUCCUGGGACCGUGGAGUGUUGGCAAGUCUACCAUGAUAAAUUAUCUCCUUGGGCUUGAAGACACUCGUUACCAGCUUUACACAGGCGCUGAGCCCACCACUUCUGAGUUCACAGUCCUCAUGCACGGCCCUAAGCUGAAAACCAUCGAGGGCAUCGUCAUGGCUGCUGACAGUGCUCGCUCCUUCUCGCCCCUUGAAAAGUUUGGCCAGAACUUCCUGGAGAAGCUGAUUGGCAUUGAGGUCCCUCACAAGCUUUUGGAGAGGGUCACUUUUGUGGACACACCGGGUAUCAUUGAAAAUCGCAAGCAGCAAGAACGAGGUUACCCUUUCAAUGAUGUGUGCCAGUGGUUCAUUGACAGAGCUGAUCUCAUCUUUGUCGUCUUUGACCCAACCAAACUAGAUGUGGGUCUGGAGCUGGAGAUGCUCUUUCGCCAACUGAAAGGCCGUGAAUCCCAAAUAAGAAUAAUACUGAACAAAGCUGACAAUCUGGCCACCCAGAUGCUCAUGCGGGUUUAUGGUGCCCUCUUUUGGAGCUUGGCCCCUCUCAUUAAUGUCACAGAACCCCCAAGAGUUUAUGUCAGCUCCUUUUGGCCCCAAGACUACAAGCCUGACACCCACCGGGAUCUAUUCCUCGAAGAAGAAAUCUCCCUUUUGGAAGAUCUGAACCAGGUGAUUGAGAACAGGAUGGAGAAUAAAAUUGCCUUCAUCCGUCAGCAUGCCAUUCGGGUACGCAUUCAUGCUCUUUUGGUUGACCGCUAUUUGCAGACUUACAAGGACAAAAUGACCUUCUUUAGUGAUGGAGAGUUGGUCUUCAAGGACAUUGUGGAGGAUCCAGAUAAGUUCUACAUCUUCAAGACCAUUCUGGCAAAGACCAAUGUCAGCAAGUUUGACCUCCCCAAUCGUGAGGCCUAUAAGGAUUUCUUUGGCAUCAAUCCUAUCUCCAGUUUCAAGCUGCUCUCUCAGCAGUGCUCCUAUAUGGGAGGGUGCUUUCUGGAGAAGAUUGAACGGGCCAUCACCCAUGAGCUACCCAGUCUCUUGGGAAGCAUUGGGUUGGGAAAGAAUCCAGGUGCUCUCAACUGCGACAAAACAGGGUGUGGUGAAACCCCAAAGAACCGUUAUAGGAAACCUUAAUGCUGUGGAGUUUAACUGGUUCUUGUGUUUCUAUUGGUGAAUGAGCUUGUGUCUUAUGUGUAUGAGAAGCCCCGGUUUAUUAACCCUUUGAGCCAAAUUGGCAAGAGCUAUUGUACAAUGGAGGGCUUGGAGUUAAUGGAGGCCAAUUGUGGGGGAAUGUGCAAGGGCCUAGUAAAGAGAAUGGAAACUGUGAAUUAUAGACCUUUUUGUAUUUGCUAUUUCAAUUAGGAGGCCCCAUUUUCCCUAUGAGCAAACCAGAAAAUUGUGAAGUAGGGUAUAGUUGCUUUGUCUUGGCACUGACUUGGAGGGUCAGAGGACAGUUGGCAUACACUGAAAAAAAGUUGGGAUUAAAAUACAAUAGAAAUAAUUAAGAUUCCUUUUCCUGAAAAACUGGGGAGAGUGAGGAUAGGGGCUAGAGAAGGGAAUCCAUGACCAGAAACCUUCCCCCCAAGCCAACCCCAGGAAUUGGCUUGAAGGUCAAAUACUGUUUUUUUUUCCUCUAUCCUGACCUUUUCAUCAUCAGUCUUAAAAUUCAGAAGGAACAUCACCUUUUUUUUUUUUUCUGGAAUCAGGAAGUAUAGAUACCUGGUGACCAACUUUUGAGUUGGCUGUGGGCAGGAGGAGGACAUUUAGGGUCUGCCCCCUUAAAGAGUUUGAAUACAAGGAUUGAUUCCAUGUUCAAACUCACUUCCAGAACCUGUUAUCUCUUCCUCUGGGCCCUUCAUUCACAGAUUCUUUGGGUACCUCAUGAGGGAAUAGGAGUUCCCUAGGAUAGCUGAGGAUUAGAUCAUCCCUUCCUCAGGGACAAACUGCUUCUCAAUAUAGCUCACUGCCCAGGCCCACUGUGAAACCUAGUUUUUCUAUCAUGCUAAAGGAGAGAAUAGGCAUUCAGUGUAUGCGAGUAGUUUGCUUCAUGUCAUUCUUGGACUAGCAGUCAAGCAAAGGCAUGAAUAGAGCUCAGAGGGUUAAUAGGUUUGCAGUGUGUCCUUGUCUGUUGCAUGUUUUGGAAGAGACAGCUAACUGAGGCCCAUAGGCCUCCAAGAGGAUGGCAGGGGUCAUGCUCCUUCUCCAUUAAGGACUUUUCUUGAAUUGUGUCUUGUAAGUUUUGGAGGAGACAAACUCCAUGCUCUAUCUGUGGGGGCUGUUGGGGGAAGAGUGAUGUCUUCUGUGUAGUAGUUUCUCUGUCUUUAUUUUGUCCUGCCCUCCACACCCCUCCCUCCCCCGCCCAUAUACCAACAUCCCAAAUUAGGAAUGAUUUCCUUUGACUUAGAAAGCACUCAAAGUCAGAACCAAUACCAGCUCUUCAUUCAAUAGCAGCUUCAUGCUGAUGUCCAGUUACAGCUAGCAUAUGACAGUGCAUGUGGGAAAGCCAUGGGCUAUGGAUAGAAAUGUGUGUAUAAAUCUCUGUGUGCAUGUGUGUGUGUGUGUGUGUGUGUGUGAUGAUGGACAUAAUCAUAUAGUAGAGGAUGUAUAGACAGACAUUUUUUGUUGAGAAAAUACUGCUUGGUUGAUUGGCCGAGGUAGAGAGGAGGGCCAGCUCUCAGAGCAGAAGAAAGAAGCCCUUAGGUAAGAUAAUAUUUAGGGUGGUAAGAGAUGCAUGGAAAUGCUGGGGACCUGUCAUGUGGACCAUCCUGCAAAAACAAUGGGCCAGCCCUGAUACUGGGGCAGAUAAUGAGGUUUUCCCUGCCUCCAAACCAGAGUUCACCUACACCAGAGGGAAGAGGAGGGGAAAAAAACUACCCUGGGCCAGAAAGAAAAGGCAGACAAGGUGAGACAAUGGAACAGUAGCUCUAGAGCCAGAUAAACUGCCUCAGAUGGUGACCACCUGUGUGACCUUGAGCAAGUAAUUUAACUUCCCCGGGUCUCAGCUUCUUUAGCUGGAAAAUUUGGGUGUUGGAGUGGACAGCCUCUGAGGUCCCUUUUAGCUCUAGAUCUGUGAUCUGUGAGACCAGACAAGUAGUCUGGUUGGGAGAACAGCCACUGUGGGACUGGCCCACUCUCAAAGGGGUAUCUCAGAAGUGGCUAUUGCUUUUGGCUUUUCCAGGGCUGGUGUGGGGUAUGGGCGUAGUGGUAUGGCAAGGAGGUUGAAACUAUUCCAAAGAAAAUAAUAAAUUUCUUAAAUCCCUAUGAACUUGGUUCUACACAAUUCCCCAGAAGCCAUCUGGUCAGCCUACCUGGAGGUAGGGUUGGAAUUAAGGGCAAGAGCUAAGAGACAGAGGGAGAAGUGCAGGGAAAAUGCCUGGUAGAGGGCAGACCAGAAAGGAGGUCCCUGCUCAGCCCAAAAUGGAUACAGCCAGCCACAAAAAGCAGACAGGCCAACAUCUAGGGCUAUCUAGAGGGCCUACUUAAUGAAAAGAUACAAGGUGACUCAGGACAAAGAGUUUGCCCUAGAUUUUCUUUUAAUACUUCUUUAUUCUUACCUCCUCCUUCCUCAGUGAGCCCUUUUCCUUUCUAAUGUUCACAGGAAACUUCCCAGUGUAACAGUUUUACUCACUGUAGAAGCUGAAGCAAAAAAAAAUAUGACAGAACUGUCUAGGUCUAGUCAUAGAUGUGGAUGUCACUGUUGCUCUUUUUUUUUUUUUGUAGAAUAAGGCUACUAAUAAAUUCCUAUACUAUUUAUAUUUCCAAGGGCUAUAUGAUCAAUAUGUUUUUAUGUCUUUCUCCCUGCCCUACCUCCUGCCUUUUAUUUUUCCUUUAUUCUACUCUUUCCUGUUUUUUUUCCUCUUUCUUUAUUUGUGUUCUGUCACUCUCCUAUCAGGGCAUUUAAUCAGUCACUACAUAUUUAUGGAGUACUUACUGGAUAUCUGGUAUUCUGCUAGGCCCUGGGGAGUGGGAGAAGGCUGGGCUUUGAGCAAAGUUUUAAUUCUCCUUUGGAUAUUGGGGUAUAGAGAAAUCUACUAGUACCUCCUGAUACCCAGUUUCUAUCCAAAUCUUGUCCUUUUGCAAUGCUCAUUCAAUUCAAUCUCACAUAACACACAUUCAUUAAGCAACUACUAUGCAUCAUAAGACACCUCUUCCUCUCUAUCACAUGGGUUGUUGGUAGGACACAGAAUCACAUAGUUCUUAGAUCAUCUACAAAAAUUUAUUUAUCUAUUUCAUUUGAUAUAUGAUUUUCAUCUAAAGACCAGCCAGUUGACAUGUUACUAGAGGAAUUGAACAAAAUGGAAGAAUAAGAGAGAGCCCUCCAGCUCACUGGGUGAAUCCUCUGAGGGGGAUUUAUAGAAAGACAGUGAUGGGAACUGUACAGGAUGAGAAGGUGUGGAGAGGCUGUGAUUUGCACCCACCAUUCUUCACGUAGAUGAAGUGUUUGGGAGACAUAGCUAGAUACUGUUCUGUUGAUUACAUUCAGGAAAAAGCUUUAGCUUAGCAUCUUGUAUCUUCUGAUGACAGUUCAGGAGGGCUAUUCAUUUUCUUUUGAAAAAGGUGGUCUGGUCUGUUUAUUCCUGGUUGCUUGGGUAGAAACAUCAGUGGCUAGGCCUAGCUCUCAGCAGAAUAGUGAAUUCAGCAGUCUGUAUUUAGGAAACUUCCCUGUCCUCUCCUCUCCACCCCCCACUCCACCUUGUCCCCUCUCUGUUCUACCUUAUCAGAUGCCUAUUCUGUAUGACAAUUCUCCUGGCCUUACUUCCUGCUAGCUAAUUCUUACUAGAUUGUUAGCUGAUAUUUUUUAGGUGUUCCACUUCCUUGGGAUAUUUGCAUUUUAGUAGCUUGAAAAAGCUUUCCAGACCAAAAGGAAUUAAUUUCUAAUGGUGGAAUUUUAGGCACUGUGACAGUUUGGGGAAGAGACUUCUGGGAAGAGAGCCCGCCCCAAAUACCUCAAAUCAUACCUACUAGGCAGUUACCCACUCUUCCUUUGCCUAAGGUAAGCCCUUCUAGUGGUAACUGUGUGCAGCUGAGUUAGAAGUUCCUGCCUAUGGUGGUAAUAUGCAAGGACAUCAUUUCCCAUUGACUGCCUCAGGAGGUAACUAUCCUAAGCCAUACUAUGAAGAGUCUGGCUUAACUAUUGUAUUUGGCUUUAAAGAAUUAGCUGUUGAUCCACAGUCCUAAAUUCCUUUGUCAGUGGCAUUUGGGCAAGAAUCCUAUUUUGCUCCAUCCCAAGAGAGAUACCCAGAAA